CGGAUCGGUAAAUACCAAUCCAAAAUGGUAAAUACCAUUUUCAUUUGGUUAUCCGCUUGAAUUUGAUUCAUAAAGCACAGAACAGAAUGACAUACCCCAUGUUUCUUGUCUGUCUAACAAUGUCAAUAAAAAUUACCACAUAACCCAACUUCUGACUGUGCUAUUGCUAUCCAUUUCGUUGGGUGCUGGGAGGUAUUUUCAUUAAUUGCACAAGAAAUAUCAUGUUGAAAAGACCGGAAAGAUUUAUAAUAAAGUGUGCUCAACUACACAAUUCUUACAUUCAGUCCUUGCACACUACAGUAUGCCUGAGCUCGCAGGAAAGGCUACAGAGCUUUAGGACAAAUGAGGAGAAUCCAUUGAAUCAUAAUGAGAGCAACACAGCCCAAUUUUAUAAAUUACUUGAGAGUGAUAAAGCCAAACUAUUUGUGCAUGGAGGCCUUCCAAAAUCAUUUGAAACACAGGCAAAAACCUUCAAUGAAACAUGCUUGAUGAUACGGCAGCCAGCUUUAGAUGUCAUUAAUUGUAUGAAAAACAUUGAUUAUAACAAGCCUGCUGUCAGAUUUGUUCUUUAUGGCAAAAAGGGCACUGGAAAGUCUCUGGCCAUGGCACACAUUCUUCACUAUGCUUUUAAACAAGAUUUUCUAAUCGUGCAUGUCCCUUGGGUUGGAAACUGGAUGAGAAGGUGUAAGGAACAGAGCAAUUCAGAAUCCAAAGAAGGAUAUAUAGACAUUAAUUUGGAUGCAGCAGGCUGGUUGUUACAUUUCAAAACACAAAAUGCACAUAUAUUAUCAAAACCAAAACUAAAAACAAGCAGAGAUCAUGUUUGGAGUAAACGAGAGACAACACCAAAAGAUUCACCUCUAUUAGAGCUCAUAGAACAUGGAAUUGCUAGAAUUAAAUAUGCUUCAGAGACAGUAAAUGCAAUUUGUGAGGAAAUAAAGAUAUUGAGUAACGACGGCAAAUGUAGGACCAUAGUAGCUAUUGAUGGAUAUAAUGCAUUCUUUUAUCGAAUUACAAGAGUAUUUACUGUGAAAAAGGAACCUGUUCUUCCUGAAAAGGUGACACUGACUGAAGGUUUUUUGAAUCUGACUAAAUUUGAUUGGAAAAAUGGUGUAAUUAUAGUUACUGUAGAUGAAAUUGCCAUUGCUGAAAAGGAUCAGAUUUCACAUUUACCUAGGUAUUUAUUGGGGAAACAAGGUUUUGAACACCUAGACCCAUUUGUGCCCAUUCUGGUAUCAAACUACACAAAGAAGGAAGUCCUCAGUUGUUUAGAUUAUUAUAAGGAAAGAAAAUGGAUCCAGCCCUAUCCAGGAUUAGAAAAUGAGGUUGAAUUUGUGUCUGCUUCUAAUCCUUAUAAAUUGAUGAAAAUAUGUGCAUCUUUGUAGAUUCGCAGUGUUAUUGUAUUGUUUUUAUUAUUAAAUAAAUGAUAAAGUAAUUA